AUGGCGCUCGAUACCUAUUUCCACAAUAAGAUCGAGGGGAUGAAGCUGGAGAUCAUUCAGGGUCAAGCGGUAUUACGGAGAUUGGAAGCUCAGAGAAAUGACUACAAUUCAAGAGUACGACUCCUGCGAGAGGAGCUUGGAUUAUUACAGCAGCCUGGAUCAUACGUCGGUGAGGUCGUGAAGGUUAUGGGAACGAAGAAGGUAUUGGUCAAGGUGCACCCAGAAGGCAAAUAUGUUGUCGAUAUAUCCGAUAAUGUCGACAUUACCAAGCUCACCGUCGGAAAGCGGGUUACACUGCUCUCUGAUUCGUACAAACUCGAAAAGAUGCUUCCCUCAUCCGUCGAUCCCCUGGUAUCCCUCAUGAUGGUAGAGAAGGUUCCCGACAGUACAUACGAUAUGAUUGGAGGUCUAGAUCAACAAAUUAAGGAGAUCAAGGAGGUUAUCGAGCUGGGUCUAAAGCAUCCCGAACUUUUCGAAUCCCUUGGUAUUGCGCAACCCAAGGGCGUCCUUCUGUACGGUCCACCCGGAACUGGAAAGACCCUGUUAGCAAGAGCUGUGGCGCAUCAUACCGACUGCAAGUUCAUCAGAGUGUCAGGUUCAGAGUUGGUCCAGAAAUACAUCGGAGAAGGCUCAAGGAUGGUCCGAGAGCUGUUCGUUAUGGCCAGAGAGCAUGCCCCAUCUAUCAUCUUCAUGGAUGAAAUCGAUUCUAUCGGAUCAUCUCGGGUGGAAGGUUCAUCCGGUGGCGACUCGGAGGUUCAGCGUACGAUGUUGGAACUCCUGAAUCAACUGGAUGGUUUUGAGCCAACGAAGAACAUCAAGGUCAUCAUGGCUACGAAUCGACUGGACAUUCUGGACCCUGCACUUCUCCGACCCGGACGUAUUGACCGAAAGAUCGAGUUCCCACCGCCAACUGUCGAGGCCAGAGCAGAUAUUCUCCGAAUUCAUAGCCGAAGCAUGAACUUGACCCGUGGUAUCAACUUGACCAAGAUUGCGGAGAAGAUGAAUGGGUGUUCAGGGGCAGAACUAAAGGGUGUGUGCACGGAAGCAGGCAUGUAUGCUUUAAGAGAGAGGCGUGUCCAUGUUACACAGGAAGACUUCGAUCUUGCCACAGCAAAGGUCUUGAACAAGCACGAUGACACAGCCAUUAGUCUAGGCAAGCUCUGGAAGUGA